AUGGAAUUUCAUGUUGCGACUGCUCCAUUUCACUACACUGCGAUCAUACGAUCUGAGCCUCAUUGCCUUCCCUUGUGUCUUUUUUCGGUUUACAUUGAAUUUAUUGCAUGUGAAGCUCUUCGUGGAAUUAAAGGAGCUCUUUUGAUCAGUUGUGACAGGGGAGAAAUGAAAACAAUUCAAGAAUUUACUGCACAAGAUGCUCAAAUUAUCAAUGAAGAGCCAGUUCCAGGAAAUGGACGUAAGAGAUUAUGUAUUGAUGAAGACGAAGAUGGUUAUGCCAAUAAAUUAUGUAAUGGAGAACAAGAAGAAGAAGAAGAAGAAGGGCAAAAGGUGGUUGAUGAUAAAAAUGAAAAUCAAGAAAACAACAAUGGUGAUGAAGAUAAGAAAGAAGACGAUGAAAACAAUGAAGCAGAAGAAGGAAAAGAGGAUGGAAUAGAGGAAGAAGAUAGAAAAACAGAAGAAUUGGAUGAAGGAGAACAGGAAGAACCUGGAGGGAAUCAAGAUGGGAAUAGAGAACGAAAAGAAGACGCCUAUUGUUGGAUAAAAAUGACGAUGAUGAAAAAGAACAUAGACAGAAUGCUGGAUUAG